AGAAAGUGGGUUUGUUUGAGUUUGAGGAAGAUGAUUCACGCCGGCAGCUUUACCCUUUCACUCUCUAUCUACCCAAUUCGAACUUUGGCACGCCUGCUCCCACUCAUCAAAUACUCCCUCAAACAAUGAAAAGGAUCCCUUCUCCCUACCUUUUCCUCACACUUUCUUAUUUUUCAUCUUUUGUCAGACUCAAUUCUAUUCUAAGCAUCACCUACGCCACACUUCUCACUCCCUCCAUGCCCAUCCUUUUUUUUUCUUUUUUCUUUUAUCUUUCAAUAAAACAAUAUUCUUAACCCAACCCCACUUCCCUCUCCCUCGCACAUCGAUUCCACAAAAAACAACUCCACCUCAUCCCCCUAAAAUUAACCCACAUACAUAUCAUUAACAAUUAUACGUAACUUUUGUAUAUAGAAUUUCCUUUGGUAAGUAUAUGUAGUGUAUCCAAACCCAAUCCAUUCAGAAUUUCCUAUUCCACCGCCACACCCCAAUUCCCACCGUUAAAAAACCACGUUACGUCCAUUCUGUUUGGUUCGUUGGUUCGUUGAUAUCCAUGCGAGUGUGUGAAUGAGUGAGUGAGUGAAUGACCAAUUGAUAUCCAUGCGAGUCAAAGGUUAAUAACCUUAAAUGGAUACCACGUUGUUUGGUGUAGUGAGAUUCCAACAUCAACUCCAACCUCCUCCUCAAGGUGAUCAAGAUCAAUCCCUCAACAACUCCACCACCACCACCAGCUCUCCAUCCUCCAGACAACACAACUAUCCCUACCCACAAGAAGACGAAGAAUGCUUCAACUUUUUCAUGGAUGAAGAAGACCUAUCCUCGUCUUCUUCCAAGCACUACUAUCCCUAUCAACCCCACCCUUCCUCCACUACACCUACCACCACCACCACCGACCUCUCCUUCUCUCCCACCCGAGACGCCGCCUUCCCUUUCCAGCUCUCCGGCAAGUGGGCCAACGACAUCCUCCUCGAAACCGCACGUGCCGUCUCCGACAAGAACACCACGCGCCUCCAGCAACUUAUGUGGAUGCUCAACGAACUCGCCUCCCCCUACGGCGACACCGACCAGAAACUCGCCUCCUACUUCCUCCAAGCCUUCUUCAGCCGCAUCACCCAAGCCGGGGACCGAACCUAUCGAACCUUGGCCUCGGCCUCCGAGAGAACAUGCUCCUUCGAAUCCACGCGCAAGACCGUGCUGAAGUUCCAAGAGGUCAGUCCCUGGACAACCUUCGGACACGUGGCGUCCAAUGGUGCCAUCUUGGAAGCCUUGGAAGGCGAGCCCAAACUACACAUAGUUGACAUCAGCAACACCUAUUGCACCCAAUGGCCUACGCUCUUCGAAGCCCUUGCCACUCGAAACGACGACACUCCGCACCUCCGUCUCACCUCCCUCGUCACCGCCGCCUCCGCGCACAAGGUCAUGAAGGAAAUCGGCGCCAGAAUGGAGAAAUUUGCCAGACUCAUGGGCGUGCCCUUUCAAUUCAACGUCGUUCAGCACUUAGGUCAACUUUCUGACUUCGAUUUCGGUGCCUUGGAUAUCAAAGAGGACGAGGCUUUGGCUAUUAACUGUGUCAAUACUUUGCAUUCGGUCUCCGCCAUCGGGAACCACCGCGAAGCAGUGAUAUCCUCGCUGAGGAGGCUGCAGCCGAGGAUCGUGACGGUGGUGGAGGAGGAGGCGGACUUGGACGUGGGAUUGGAGGGGUUGGAGUUCGUGAAGGGUUUUGAAGAGUGUUUGAGGUGGUUUAGGGUUUACUUCGAAGCGUUAGAAGAGAGCUUUCCGAAGACGAGCAACGAGCGGUUGAUGCUGGAGCGGGCGGCGGGGAGGGCGGUGGUCGACCUGGUGGCGUGUUCAGCUUCGGAUUCGGUGGAGCGACGGGAGAGGGCGGGGCGGUGGACGAGGAGGAUGCAUGGAGGUGGAUUCAAUACGGUGGCGUUUAGCGAAGAGGUGUGUGAUGACGUGAGAGCGUUGUUGAGGAGGUAUAGGGAGGGAUGGUCAAUGGCACAGUGCUCCGACGCCGGAAUAUACCUUUCGUGGAAGGACCAGCCGGUGGUGUGGGCCAGUGCAUGGAGGGCCUUGACGUAGUGUAGAGGAGAAUGACUUGACGUGAGUAAUGAGUUGAGGGACUGAAUCCCACGUGCUCUCUGUUCUCAAAGCACGUGCCCCUGGCUCAGCCGAGGGCUUCUUUUUUUCUUUUUCUUUAAGCUAAUUCAUGUCCUUUUUUCCAGUUUGGUACUUAAGACAAUGGUAUUAAUCGGAGGGUAUGAGGAUGAUUGCAGCAAGGGGAUUUGCCUGUAUUAUUCAAAAAGGAAUCAUCAGACUAAAUUUAUUUU